CAAAGAGGGCGUGAUGCGAGUCGUUUUCACGGAAGAAGCACGUGGUACAUGUCAAUUUUAAACAAAAAUAUCAGAAAUUAUUAAUUUUUUUUAAGGCAGUAAUAUAAUUUUUAAUAAAUAGUAAAUGCAAAAUGCCCAGAAAUCGAAAGAAGAAGCGUCAAAAGAUUGGAGUAAAAACUUGUGGAGAUCCAAACAAAGGACAUGUAGCAGGAAAAAGACCAGUGGGUUAUAGUGACAUUAUUAAAGAAAAUGCCUCAUUUGAACGUUAUUAUAAGGAACAACAUAUUGUACCUGAAGAGGAAUGGGAAAUGUUUAUGGCUGCACUUAGGGACAAUCUGCCAACUGCUUUUAGAAUUACAGGAUAUCGAGGUCAAGCCAAUGCACUUUUAAAAGUCAUUCAAGGCCAAUAUUUUCAAGAUCUUCUUAAUGUAAAUGUAGAAGAAGAAGAAUAUACCAAACCAUAUUGUUUACCAUGUUUAGAUGGUGUUGUUGUUGCAAAUGAUGUUGAUAAUAAACGCUGUUAUAUGUUAGUUCAUCAAGCCAAACGUCUCCAUAGUCCUUGUUUUAUUAUAACAAAUCAUGAUGCUUCACAGAUGCCUAAUAUAAAAAUAAAUAAGGUAAUGAGUGUGAAACAGAGUUUUUAUGAAAUAAUGGACAAGCUUGUGGCAAGCAAGAAAGAUAAUAACUUUUAUCUCAAUAGGGACAAAUAUGCAAAGUGUUUGGAGGAAGUAAAAGCUGCAAAGAACAUGAAAAAAACUAGCUGUUCAUUACAGGCGUAUAAAGCAUUACGACAUUUUGACUGUAGGCAGCGAAAAAAAACUAAUUGCACCUAUGAAGGAGGAGAAUGGAGAAAUAAGGUGACGAAAAACAGAGCAUAUCAUGAGGGAAUCAAAUGUUUCCCCUACGAAGCAAUGUUUGGUUGUCCAAUGAAAAUGGGCCUUGCAACUUCAGCAAUCCCUAGUGAUAUGAUUAGAGUUAUAAGAUCUGAAGAAGAUUUAGAGAAGCUGUUGCAUUCGCAUGACAAUACAAAACAAAAGAAUGAUGUUGAAAAUGCAAUCGAACAGGACAAGGAAGAAAGCAUUGUUAAAAAUGAGUCAGAAGAUUUAGAUUCUGUUGAGUUAGUAGAUACAUCAGAAUCAUUACCUGGCUUAAAGACAUCUCCUGGUCUCAGUUAUUGGAAAGUAAUGAAUAGAGAAUUAGAAUCUUUUGAUUCCUUUGAUGAUGUCCCAGAUAAAUAUCGAACUCAAAUACGUCCACAAAUGUUUCCACCUGCUCCUGAAAUUGUCUCAAAGUUAAAUUUGCAUAGAUGUCUUCGCAUAUUACCACAUCAUCAGAACACAGGUGGAUUUUUUAUAGCUGUAUUUAAAAAAGUCAAAGAAUUUUUACCAUGGGAAUCUCAGAUAAAAGAAAUAGUUUCUCAUAAAAAUAAUGACAUUGAAGAAAAAUUGUCAGAUGUAAUUGAAACAAAAGACGAAUCUGACAAAAGCCCUCCCAGAAAGAAAAAGAAAAUUUGGGGCUAUAAAGAAGAUCCUUAUAUAUUUUUUAAAGAAGAAGGAAUUAUUUGGCCAAAUAUUAGGGAUUUCUAUAAAUUGGAUUCAUUUCCAUAUAAACAGCUUUUAAGUCGUUGUGCAGGAGAAAGGAAGAAAAACUUAUAUUUUGUGUCUGAAGCUGCCAAAAACAUUGUUCAAAAUAAUAUUGAUUUUGUAAAGAUAAUAAAUACUGGUGUUCGUGUAUUUUGUCGAAGUGAUAACAAAGAUGCUAAAUGUAAUUUUCGUCUCUCACAAGAGGGUGUUCCCAUUAUACUUCCUUUUAUGGAGGGUCGAAUUUUACAUAUUUCUCUAGAAGAUUUAAUAUUGUUACUAACAGAAGAAGUGCCAUUAUUACAAAAAUUUUCUGAUGAAUUACAGAAACAAGCAGCAUUACUUGACUCUGGAUGUGCUGUCAUGAUUUAUACAGCCAACAAAGGAACUAAAGAAGAAUUUAAAAUAGAAUUAUGUGGUUGGAAAGGAAAAGCAUCCGUACGAUGUUAUGUAACAAAAAUUGAAAGGAUACAUUAUCUGAGGAUAUGUGGAGUAGACGUGUCUGAAUUUGAAAAAAAAGACAAAAAAUUUAAAAUUUAUAUUACCAAAACAAGUGAAUUUACUGAAGAGGAGGACCAAAAAAAACAUUGAAAAAGCAAAAGAUACAGAUAAUUCUAUAUAAAAAGAAAAAUUUAUAUUUCAUUUUUGUACAGUAUACAUUCACUGAAGUAAACUUUUUAUUGUA